UCUCCUUCUCUCAAACUUUCAUUUCCUCGGCGGUUUCUCUCCAUUCUCCAAGUCCAAGUUAAGAGAGACAAAAAAAAAAAAAAAAGCGGAGGCUUCAAUUUCCUAACUUCGUAAAUUUAUCAAGCUUAUCUUCAUCGUUAAUAUUUCCGUUUCAUCCUGAUAGAUAUAUUUAUUUGUAGACAUGUUUGUGAAGAAGCUUGUGGAGAAGGCUUCUUUCGUGAAGAAGCCUGGAGGGACAGAUGGUUUGAAACCUGAAGAUGUAGAUCCCCGCUUGAUUUUCCAUUAUGGCAUCCCAUCAGGAGCUAAUUUGUUUGCUUACAAUAAUACUAAAAAGAUUUUAGCUAUUUCAGUUGGGGAUGGUCGGAUUAAAUUAUUUGGGAAAAAUGGCAGCCAGGCCUUGUUGGAAUCUCCUGAAUUGUUGCCAAGCAAAUUUCUGCAGUUCAUCGAGAACCAAGAAAUCCUUGUAAACACAAAUUCCAAUAAUCACAUUGAGGUCUGGGAUCUAGAAAAGAGGUGCUUGUCUUAUAUUUAUGACUUCAAAAAGGAAAUCACCUCUUGUACAUCCAUGUUUCAUGCUCCAUACAUGUAUUUUGGAGAUUCUGCUGGUAAUGUUUCCGUUUUCAAGGUUAAUCAAGAGACAACUAUUAUAGAGCAGAUGAAGUACCAUAUACCACUCUCAGCAUCCCACGGGAAGUCAGGUCAAGUUCCUGCUGAUAUUGCCGUCAUUCAUAUACUGCCUCAACCUACAGCGGAAAGUAAGAGGGUUCUUAUCAUUUAUACUGAUGGUUUUAUGACAUUAUGGGACAUCCAAGAUAGCAAAGCCAUUUUCACGGCUGGUGGGACAACAUUGCAAGCAACAUCCCAUGAAACAAAGAAAGUGACUGCAGCAACUUGGGCUUGCCCAUUUGGAAGCAAAGUAGUUGUGGGAUACAGCAAUGGAGAGAUUUUCAUGUGGAGUAUUCCAGCUCCUUUGCACUCAAAAGUUGAACAAACAAAAGAGAAGGACCCUUAUGCUCAAAAUGGUCCAGUUAUUAAACUAAAUCUUGGAUACAAACUGGACAAAAUACCUAUUGCAAAGUUAAGGUGGGAUCAUGCAGAUGGAAAAGCAAGUCGAUUAUAUGUUAUAGGAAGCUCUGACUAUGCUUCAGCAAACUUGCUACAAGUAGUUCUACUCAAUGAUACUAUUGAAUCCCGUACAAUCAAAUUGGGGCUCCAUACCCACGAAUCUCCUAUUGAUCUGGAGAUAGUAUCGAGCUUUAAUCCACAAUGCAAGCAAAAGAACAACUCUCUCCUUUUGCUUGGAAAGUCAGGUCAUAUAUACACCUAUGACGAUUACCUCAUUGAAAGGUACCUAUUACAGUGCCAAUCCAAGUCCUCCCCAUCACUUCCAAAGGAGAUAAAGGUGAAAUUGCCAUUUGCUGAUACAAGUAUCACAGUCGCAAGAUUCGUGCAAGAUAACCCACAUCUCCUAUACUUGAAGGAUCAGGACUAUGAUUCACUAGCAAAAGACAUAUUACCACUUUUUCCAUUUGAGACAAUACAAAAAGAUGGAACGAGCUCAAACUCAACACAACCUAGGGGGCUUUCAAAGGCGAAGAACUUAUAUAUAACUGGACAUGACAAUGGAGCCAUAAGAAUAUGGGAUGUUUCUUGCCCACUCAUGCGUCCAAUUCUAUCAGUAACUCAGCAGAGUGAGGAAGAUACUUCUCUAAGUGGUGUACCACUGACAGCACUGUAUUGCACUAGUGAUUUACAGAUCUUUGUUUCUGGCGAUCAAGGUGGACUGAUACGGAUGUAUAAAUUUAAACCUGAGCUUUUUGCCCCAGAAACCAGUUUCUUGUCCCUGCAAGGAGUUUCAAAGAAGGGGAGCGUCAUCCAGAGUAUUAAACUUCUGCAGGUUAAUGGAGCUGUACUUUUCAUAAACUCAAGCCAGAAUGCUAAAUAUCUUGCAGUUGGGACAGAUCAAGGAUAUGUUUGCCUGAUUAAUCUUGAGGGACGGACUUUGUUGUAUGAGAGACAUUUUGCAAGUGAACUCAGUACAGGAAUAAUCUCUUUGCAAUCUGUAACUUGCAGCUUGCAUGGUUUUGAAAAGAAUGUUUUGGUUGCUGCAACUAAGGAUUCUUCUGUGGUAGCACUCGAGACUGAAUCAGGAAAUACUCUCAACACUAACAUGAUACGUCCUAAGAAACCUUCUAGAGCUUUGUACAUGCAGAUUUUGGAUGGACUGGAGGUAUCUGGUAGGUGUCCUAACACAUCAGAAAGGACAGAAACUAUCAAGGGGAAUUCUGACAGUCUACAAUCAAAGCAACAAGUAGUGGUGGUUUGCUCUGAGAAAGCUGUUUAUGUCUACUCCUUGGUUCACAUUCUACAGGGUAUUAAGAAGGUGCACAAUAAGAAGAAGUUCCAUUCCUCUUCUUGUUGCUGGGCAUCAAUUCUUGAAAGUCCUGGUUCAGGGUUGAUUCUUCUAUUUUCGAGUGGAAAGAUCGAGAUCAGAUCCUUGCCAGAAUUAUCUCUUCUAAAGGAAACUUCUGUGAGAGGCGUCAGACCUUCAAUUCCAAAGCAGAACUCAAUUUCUAACACUUUAGUGUGCUUCUCAGUCAACGGUGACAUGGUUUUGGUGGAAGGUGAUCAGGAAGCAUUUUUUAUCUCAGUAUCACUCCAAAAGGAUAUCUACAGGUUUCUGGAUGAUGCUUCCCAAGUCCAUUCACAUGACCUAAUGGUUGUACAAGAAUCCUCGCACAUCAUUCAUAAAGAAAAGAAGAAGGGUUUAUUCGGAUCUGUUAUUAAAGAUAUUAAGGGGACUAAAGCAAAGAGCGAGACAGAUGUUGAAGUUGAAGAUGCAAAAGAAAGUAUUGAAGCAUUGUCUACUAUCUUCUCAGUUGCUAACUUUCCGGAAGAAGUAGAUAGUGAAGAAAAGAGUGCGGGCAAAGAUGACACUGAUCUGGACAUAGAUGAUAUUGACAUUGAAGAUCCUGGUGAGAAGCAGAAAGGAUAUGGAGUAAUGGCAGCUCUAAACAAACAGAAUUUGGCAGAUACGUUUCAGACAUUUAAAGGCAGAUUUAAACAUAUGAAGGUAAAGACCGAUAAAAAGUCAACAAAUGAAGUGAUGCAAGACGAGAAGGGUGAUUCUGUUGACCAGAUAAAGAAAAAGUAUGGAUACACAUCCACUGGUGAACCGUGUGUUGCAACUGUUGCGAAAACAAAGCUGACUGAGAAUUUGAAGAAGUUGCAGGGGAUAGGUUUGAAAUCUUCCGAGAUGCAGGACACCGCCAGAUCGUUUUCUUCUAUGGCCAAAGAAGUUUUGCGAUUUACUGAAAAUGACAAACGAAGUUGAUCCUUUCUAAUCAUUUGGUAAAUAUAUUUUACCAAAGUGUUGGAUUAUUUUUUCUAUUUUCCAACCUUCCAUUUGUUUUUCACUAGUUCUUUUGCUUGUACAGCCAUUCUAAUUUGUUAAAAACCCUGACCAAGGAGUGCGCUGCUUGUAUUUGUUGAAAUGGUUUACCUAGGUAGAUUUUUGGGUCAAUUGUAUUUAUAUGCAUUUUUUUCUACAGAAAUGAAUAUCUUUUUCCUGUAAAUUAAUGAGGAUUAUAUUUUUCUUUUUUACUUUCUAAA